GGUUGGAGAAUUUUGGACCUCAGGAAAUUUUCUGGUUCGUGAUUUGACACCAAACCCCAACCCUACUCAACUUACCCAAUUCUCUGACUUCACCCAUUUCUUGCCCCAAAAGACCUUCCCUCCUUCACGUUUGAUUCACCGUCAAAACACCCUUUUCGUCAAAUUGCAUGAAUGAAUCUUUGACCACAGUUCCCAAUUCCCAAUUUUCUUAGAGACCCACCAAUUCUUUCUUGAUUUUCUCAAGUGGGUAUCUCCUGUUUCUCCAAAUUUCUGGCUCAAAAGUUUGAUCUUGAUCUGGGUAUAUUCCUGUUUUGGUGAAAAUUUUCUCCUGUGAGAAUGGUGGGAUCUUUAUUCGUGGUUUGUUCAUCAGUUGUGGAUUCCCAUACUUCUCCAUUCUUGUGUGUGGAUGGUUUGAAUUGCAAGGGUAACGGAGCCUUGAUUUCACAAAGGAAUUCAAUUGUCAAAACCCAAAUCUACUGUUCUUUCACUGGUUCAGGGCGUAAGUGCUGGCUAUUGCCUAAAGCCAAGAAGAUUUCAAGGAAACAGCAGAAAGGUCGGAGGAGUCUUGUUAUUGUCAAUGAGCUCGCCGGGCAGUACGAGGAUAGUUUUGAAGAUGUUAAAACUCAAAUAGUGAAUUAUUUCACAUACAAAGCCGUGAGGACUGUUCUAAACCAGCUUUAUGAGAUGAACCCAACGCAAUAUAGGUGGUUUUACGAUUUUAUUUUGACAAACAAGCCCGGUGAUGGGAAACGUUUUAUUCGCGCCCUUGUCAAGGAGAAGCAAGAUCUUGCAGAAAGAGUGAUGAUAACCCGGCUUCACCUCUAUGGAAAAUGGGUUAAGAAAUGUGACCAUGCAGCAAUGUAUAAGGAGAUUUCUGAUCAGAACUUGGAGUUGAUGCGUGAGCGACUCAUGGAGACCGUGAUAUGGCCGUCAGAUGACACAAAUACCGAGAAGAUAGGCUGAUGGAGUGGAUCUUUGCCUUGGAUUUGAUUUCCUUUCCGGUGUCUGCUGUUCUUGUAGCUAAGGUAGAUCCCUCCUUGAUGGCUGAGAAAAUUAGAUAUCUCGUUCACAUUAUUUUCCACUAUGUAAUAAGGAUCACCAUGCUUUGUAUACGCAGGUUGUGUAUAUAUUAAAUAUCUUCCCUCAAUUUAAGAUUUUUUAGAAGUUAGGAUUCAAAUCUGGGGCUUGUCUUACCAGAAUCCUAGUAAAAACAUCCAGUAUUUCUGUGAAUCUGCGUUUGAAGUGGUUCGAAUUA